UCAUGCUGCUGCCAGGUCCCACAGAGUCUCUAAUAGUCCCCUGUACGGGCCUCCCAUUGCUGCUGUGACUCCAUCGCCACCCUCUGCUGCCAUGUGCCACUUUCAGGUCUCUUCACACUGCUGGUGUGUUUAAUUUUUUUGACAUAGGGUGCUGGCAAGAUUACGGGCCUACACAUAGCUGCUGCCAGGCCCCUAAUCUGCCAUGGGCCCCUAUAAUACCGCCUCCUCAUGCUGCUGCCAAGUUCCAGAGUCUCUCAUGGGUCCCUGUACGGCCUCCCCAUUGCUGCUGUCUCCAUCGCCACACUCUGCUGCCAUGUGCCACUUUUUCAGGUCUCUCACUUCACACUGCUGGUUGUGUUAAAUUUUUUGAC